GUUUUAGGCAAGAUAGUGGUUAGAUGCGACUAGAUGCUGCGGUUAUGAGGUUUACAGAUUCUUUUCUCCUUGAUAUCGCUCAUUAAAAAAAACCGGAGCUUUGAAUUACCAAUGGUUGCUUGUUGUUCGCUGAUCGUUUCCAGACUGAAUAUGCUUAAUGUAAUAUAAAACUUUGGAGAAUUAUUGAAAUGAAGAUUCAGAUACUAUUAAUCGUAACUCUAUAUUGCGCAGAAGUCUCAGCUCAACUAUGCCACUACCGGAUGCCAUUCUCAAGCGGGAUCGUGUUCUACCCACUAAAUGAAGGACAGACAAAAGGACACGUGGCCCCUGAGGGUUGGAGAAAAAAUGAGACCGAUAUAUGUAUGAUGUACAUGCCGUUAGAGUCGGAUAAAACGAUCAAAUUGAUCUUUAGACACGUGGAUGUCGGAGAAAAUAAAAUUUUGAUCGAGACGUCACAAACGAAGAACAACGCAACUUGGGAGACACUCCGUACUAUCACAGGCUAUGAGCGAGAAGUUGUGAUUGAAACUUCCGAUAUUAACGCUUUGAGAAUAUCAACGAAGAAAAAGGCUGGGCGAUUCAUGCUGUUUUAUCAGGAACGUUUUUGUGAAGAGCCAGAUCCGAAGAUAGUAAUCAAGAAGAGAUGUUCCAGAUCAUUCGAGCUGUACUCCAUCUGUAGUUUUGUGUGUAGGGUUCCCUACUACCCGGCAAUGAGCGCAAAUGCAAAAGAUUUCUUUACGACUUGCAUGCAGGAUAAAACGUGGUCGCGUGGAAUGACAGAGGCCUGUUCUACUUAUGACGAAGUGAUUCGUAACUGUCUCGUUCUGAAGAAUGACUUAUGCGAAUACACCGUUGAAGAAAUAGCAGAAAUAGUUCCCGAGGACGACAACAUACCUCUGAUGCACGACAGCUUUGAUAAUUUGAUAUUUGAGGCCAGAGUUCAAUUUCUAUCGACCAAUGUACCGCACGAUUCGGAAGGGCUUGCAAACAUGCCAGCAUUCGAUAAUUGUCAUGUUCACUGUCUGAAGACUAGAUCAACAGAUGCGUUCAAGUUUGAGUGCAAAUCGGACGCUUUGACAAAUGAUCAGAAAAAGGAUUGUAUUUUAUGCCGACAUUCUGAAGACGAAUGCAAAAACCAUACUUUGUACACUUGAAGCGUGGAGGAAGUUAAAAAAAAACUUUUUGUGCGUAAACUGUAAGGUGUUUCCCCCGGGGAUUUUAGAAUAAACUAUUUCAUUUUUCCUGAAAUUCUUUUUUGAUCAUAAAAACCAAUUGCCUUCUGUAGAGUGCCAAACUAGCGGAUGAAAUGCCUACGCAAAAUAAUAACUUUGUUUGCGUGUGGUAUUUCUCCCAGGAAUUUUAUAAUAGACUAUUUCAAGUUUUUUCUCACUAUAAAACGUCUAACAUUUUAGAGCAAUAAAUUACAAAAUAAAUCGGCUUCGAUAACAGAAUUGACUAAAUAAUGAAUUUAUGCUUGUGCGCAACUUUUCAAUGAGCCCUACCUACCAAACUCCCAUCACAUUAAAAAAAAUUGCGUCACACAGUCACAUGUUGUAGUAACACUUUCAAUUUAACACAUAUUUAGGGAGUUCUCCAUCCCUCCUCCCAAAGCCAUUGAACAUUUUGUUCCAACAUUUCUCUUUUUUUUUUAAAUCUUUGAUUACUCACCACCCAAGGUGGUCCGUUUUAUGUGUCACAAACCCCAGGUCAUUAACCUCGCGUGCAAAAGGUUAUCUAAGUUCACGCAAUCAUUUUAUCGCAUAAUUUUUCAGUAAUUAAUGUGACAGCUACAAUAAAUCAAGCCUAUAUUG